AUGGGGACCAUACACCAUUUGAUUGUGGACAGCCUCCACAAGGAGGGGCCUGCAGUGGUCCAGAGACCCUUGCACCUGGAGAAGGAUGUGCACCACUCAAGAGAAAGUCUGAAGCUGAGUAUGCAGCAACAAGGUCACGUGGGACGGGGAGCCGCUGAAUUCCACCAAGGUUGGAAGGCACUGAAAGUCAGGUUGGCGCCCAAGAGGUUCUCCCUGCCCUCAAUCUUCCAGCAAUGGGGGAAGGGACUCUCGGAGGCUCAGCAGAAAGAGGCCCGGUACUUGUUCCUGGAGUUCGGCUACAACGCGUUCCUCAGCAACCGGCUGCCUUAUAACCGAAGCAUCCCUGACACCCGCCACUCCAGGUGUCUUCAGAAGACAUACCCUGCCCAGCUCCCAUCCCUCAGCGUCAUCCUCAUAUUCAUGGAUGAAGCUCUGUCCGUCAUCCAGAGGGCUGUCACUAGCAUCAUCAGCCAGACCCCUCCUCGGCUGCUGAAGGAGAUCAUCCUGGUGGAUGACUUUAGCUCCCAUGGAGAACUGAAGGCACGACUGGAUGAGAUGAUUAAGCUUUACAACCGGAACUAUCCACUCCUACUGAAACUUAUUCGGCACACAAAGAGACAAGGUCUCGCGCAAGCCCGCAACACGGGUCUGGAAGCAGCUACCGCGGAUGUGGUUGCCAUCUUGGAUGCUCACAUUGAAGUGAACGUUGGAUGGGUUGAGCCCAUUUUGUCUCGGAUUCAGGAAGACCACACUGUGAUCGUGUCUCCUGUGUUUGACAAUAUUAAUUUCAAUACAUUCGAACUGGAAAAGUACGAACUGGCAGCAGAUGGGUUUGACUGGAAGCUGUGGUGCCAGUAUGAUCCCAUACCACAAGCCUGGAUUGAUGUGGGUGAUGUCACUGCUCCAAUGACGAGUCCGUCCAUCAUGGGCAUCAUGGCCGCCAACAGGACCUUCUUGCUGGAGAUCGGGGCUCUGGAUGGCGGGAUGCUGGGCUACGGAGGAGAGAACGUGGAGCUUAGUCUGAGGGUAUGGCAGUGUGGAGGGAAGAUCGAGAUCUUACCCUGCUCCCGGGUCGCGCACCUGGAAAGAUCCCACAAGCCCUAUGCCAUGGACCCAGCGAUUCCCCUGCGGCGGAACGCCCUGCGAGUGGCUGAAAUCUGGAUGGACAAACACAAAUACAUGGUUUACUUGGCCUGGAACAUUCCUCUCGAGAACUCUGGGAUCGACUACGGAGACAUUUCUUCCAGAAAGGCACUCCGGGAGAAACUGAAAUGCAAAACCUUUGACUGGUACCUGAAAACUAUCUACCCGCUCCUGAAGCCAAUGCCCAGCAUCGUCUGCUAUGGAAGGAUGAAAAAUUCAUUGGAUGACAGCAUUUGCUUGAACCGAGGACCUGUUCCAGGCAACUCCCUCGGAAUGGAACCAUGCCGUGAGUCCAGUGCACAGAAUGUGUACUACCUCCUUUCUGGGGAGUUCUUUGUGGGGGAACUCAUUGCAAAAGAAGACGCCCAUGAACAGUACUGCCUGAUGGACUCCGGCCUCGGGGAGGACCCCACAUUGGAGCUGUGUUUGGAGGCGGCGAAACGGGGACAGCACAUCUAUUGGGAUUUUCAGCAGGGAAAACCCAUCAGAAACAGGAAUACCGCACGGUGUCUGGAGAUCAGGAAGGACCCCUCAGGUCCCUACAGGCUUGCGUUAGUGAACUGUACCCAACAAAUAUGGAAAAUACAACAUAUAGGCAGAAACUGGGGUCACUAA